CCAGUGGUGUUUUUUUUUUCCUUGACCAAUACUUCCAAGGGAAGAUGAAGUAAUUUUACCCAAAAAUUUAUUUAUUUGCUUCGGUAAGGUUAUAGCUGCGCCGCUAUGCCGCGGCGCGGCGUAGUGAAAAGCGCUCACAAAAUCAAAAUCUCGCUAAACCCUUCCUUCCGCUGGUAAAACCCUGUAGAAUUCUCGAGUCUCAGCUAUUGGCCUCAAUGGAGGGAUCGACUUCUGAAACCCCAAAACCCUCGGCGGCAUUUCAGUUCAAUCCUCAUCGCAAAUCCCAUCUCAGGAGUCACACUUACUCCACCCUCCUUCGCAUACUAUCUCAUUGCCACCAACAUUCUCACUGCUCUCAUGAUGAUCCUGUUCCAGACCAUGAUAGCAGUGGUUUAGGGCGGGUGACUGAAAAUGAAGUGGGUAAUGAAUUGGUUGUUUCUGAUACUGUGGAGCCAGAAGAUAUGCCCAUUCAGAAAGACCCAAUAGUUCAUGAGAGUCCACAGGGUAUGCCUAUUCAGAAGGACACAAUAACUGAUGAGAGUGCUGAAGUGAUUGGUUUCCAGGAAGUGGGAUUGAGUAAUGUGCAAGUGGUUAUGGACGAGUUGGAGCAGAUAAUGAGAGGAAAAGAAAACAAGGACGUAGUUGUCGGUAAAAGUAAUAGCUCAUCGAUUUUGUCAUUUGACAAGGAUCAAAACAACACUUCAAGAGAGUUGGAGCAUUUAAUGGAGAAAAAAGAAGACAAGGGAGAUGUUGUUGGUAAAAGUAUUAACUUGUUGACUUUGGCAUUGAACAAAAACCAAAGUGCUGAUCAUGUUGAUGCAUGUAUAAAUAAUCACGAAGACCGUUUCAAUCUUCAACAUGUUAUCAUGGAGGAAGAUGAGGAUGGGGAACAGGUAAAAGCAAGUGAUGAACAGAAUAAUGUUGUGAAUUUAGAAGGUCUCAACUUGUCCAUAGAUGAUAAUUUAAAUGGUGAAGAUUCAAAGGCAGAUGAGAAUAACAACAAAAAAAGUUCUCCUUUUAAGGGGAUUGCACUGGAAGAUCCAGGGCUCAAAGUGCAGCAAAAAGAGAUGGAGCUCGAGAAGUCAGUUUCUCCCAGAACAGCGAGUUCUCCAUUUUAUGUGACUGUAGAUGGAGAUAUUGAAGAAGGAGAAAUUUCUGGAGAUUUCAUGGGUGAUGACCUAUCAAUAGAGGAUGAUGUAGCAUCAGAGAUGAAGAAGGGUGAGGAGGAGAGUAUUUCUGAAAAUAUCAUUAAUAAAGAAGAGUUCACUUGUAAUGAACAAAAAAGAGUAAAUGAUAAAGAUUCUGAAUCCACUUCUAAAAUUGUAAGCUCAGUAGAUAAAGGGGAUCAUGGAGUGGAAGUUACAGAAAGUAAUAGAAACCAGAUGAGGUGUAAAUCUCAAAUGGGUCAAGGUGGAAGAACUAUAAAUGGUGCAAAAAAAACAGAUGGUUCUGACUGUAUGAGAGAAGCUGAAACAACUAAAAUGAAAGGUAGCAGAGCAAAGGUGGACUUUGACAAUCCAGCGAAUUUUCUAGAUGAUUUAGUAUUCCAUGGAGAAAGCUUAGCUGAUAAUGCAGCUGAAAAUCUUUCAAUUACAUCUGUCAAAGAGGGUGCUAGGGUCACUAAAAAAAGAAAGCGGGUGCUUUCGAAAGAAAAGAAAGUGAAGAAAAAGCAAAAGGAAAGAAAGAAACGAGCAGAAAAAAACAAAGAGCUUGGUGUUAAAAGAUUGAGACUGCUUCCAGUAUCAAAGCCAAAAACUGUAACAUAUUGCCGUCAUUAUCUCAAAGGAAGAUGUCAUGAGGGUGAUCACUGUAGAUUUUCACAUGAUACCAUACCGUUGACGAAAUCCUCGCCUUGCUGUCAUUUUGCACGUGGUACCUGCAUGAAAGGGGAUGACUGUCCAUUUGAUCAUCAGCUGUCCAACUAUCCCUGUAAUAAUUAUGUCUCAAAAGGUUUUUGCAGCAGAGGUGAUGAUUGUUUGUUUUCACACAAGAUGCCACUCAAGGAAAGUUCCCCAACUGCUGUUAAUGUUUGCAAACCUGUGUCAGAGCCUCCGUCUCUGCCCAGUAAGUCAUAUUCCAAGAAGCUGGACAUGAAUGGUACCUCUCAUCAGAAUGGCAAUUCUUUAUCCCACUCUGUUGGAAUUUUCCCUCAAAGUAAUAUGGAAAAGAAAGUGGCAGAGAUUGUGCUGAAACCACCUGAGCAGGCAUCCAGAGGAAUAAACUCUCUCUCAUUUGGGAAAUCACCAAUGGACUAUUCUGGUAAGCUGAAACAAAUUGGUUCAUCUCCUACGAUGGAUGAAGGUGUCGAAGUUGACAAACAGAAAAAUCAAGGUGAAGUUCAAAACAUGAAUGAAAAGGCAAAGAGAACUCCAGUUACAGUGCCUCCACGGGGAAUAAACUUUCUCUCAUUUGGCAAAGCUCCAUUGAAUGAUUCCAGUGUUAAGGAACUAGCUGGCUCACCCUCAAAUAGGGAGGAUGGUAACAAAAUAUUGCCAUUAGGUGAUUCCAACAAGUACAAACAAGUUGGCUCAUCAUCAGCAAGGGAUGGCAACAUCAAUGUUAGCAGUCAACUUAACCAAAGUGCAACAGAAACUAUUCAUAAGUUGAACGAGAUGUCAAAUGGAAGGCAACCUGCAGCGGCACCUCCAGGAAUAAACUUUCUAAGUUUUGGUAAAGCUCCAUUAGAUGAUUUGAGUAGUAAGAGGCAGUCCAAAUCACCUUCCCAGAGCAACAAUGUAAUUGAAAUACCCAUUCAAGAGAGACAAAGGGCAUCUAGUGGAUUUCAAAACUCAAGUGCAGUUCCAUGGGGGCUUCCAGCUUCCCCAAUUACUUCAGUUUCAGACCAGUUAGUCCAUGGACAUAAUAAAGACACAUCAAGCUCAGCUCAGAAGGCUCUCUUGUCGACGCUAGCUUUUGCAGCGAAGUAUGAAUCUGCCUUGAAGAUAGAUCGGUCCAUUGUUGCCCCCUCUGUCAGCAUGGAGGCCAAUAAAGAAAUUAGGAAUGUCAGUAAUAGUGGAGGUUCACAAAACAAAUCGAUGAACGCUUCAACAAUUUUGGAUUUCUUAUUUAGUUCUGGUGGUAAAACCAAGCAAUAAAGAGAGAUGAUGAUGAUGCAAUGGUGCUUUGCCUUAUCUCUUGUGCUUGAAAGGCAAAAGAGACAGUCAUUUUUUUCCAUUCUUUCCCAUGGCAACUAGCCAGGUACAGAUUGCUUUUGUAUUAGAAUGAUACUUGUUAUUUGUAAAUGGUAAUUUAUAACUUCCAAUUCUCUAUUGACUUGGAGCUGAUGUUUUACAGGCAAAAGGUUUUCAUAGUAUUAGUUUUUGGAUACAAGUGACAGUGAGUUAACAUUUUUCAAAUCAAUAGAGACAUUCCUUCUUGUGUUGUUGAUUUGGAGUUAUUCUCCAUAUGGCUAGUUUGUCACAGUUGCAGUCACAAGUUAUUUUCAAAUGCAUCUCUGCCAUCACAACUGCAGACCAAUGCCAUGGAAGCAUGAACAAGGUUACGGAGAAACAACUUUACAAGGUUCAACUUGCUUCACUACGGUGGAUGAGUGCUUUCUAUGCUUUCACUCUGCAGAAGUUAUCUCCGGAAAAUCCUCUAGUGGGCUACAUGCAUCCAAGGUAGAGCCCCCUUUGUUUUGAAUGAUCGAAGACUUUUAAAACGGGUUCAGAACCCGAAAAGAGCUGGACAUACUGAAGCUAGCCCACCAUGAGGCCUCUGGCAGAGGAGGAGAGGAGGAGGAGACUCCAUGGAAUGGUUGGUGGGCGAGGCAAAAGCAGGGCCGGUGAGCUUUGGGAAACAAGUUCCAAGUUUUUGAUGUUAAUGAUGAUGAAGAAAGCUUUUGCUGUAAGAUGGUUUUAUGCUUCCAUUAAACCUAACACCAUCUUUUUCAGAGGAGGGGCUGCAGUGCUCCAUCCCUUUUCAGGUUUACAGGUGGAAGACUCUUAAUGGGAAUCAGGCGACCUGAUUAAGACCAUAGAUGCCUUUCUCCGUGAUUAAUGGAGUGUGUUAUGGUGAUGGAGACAUUGUACUUGUUCAUUCUGUGAUUCUCCUGGUGCUUAGUAUCUUGUAGCAUAAGGGGCAUGAUCAUGUAUUUUUUCAUAAAAUUUGAAAAUUAUUAUUAUUAUUUUUUGGUUUUGAAGAAAA